AUCUCAGUGUGCUUCUGAUCAUCGUGUUCAUAACAUUAACUAAGUGUUGAUCGCUCUAAUAGAAAAACAGAAAAAUCAAAAUAAUAAAAAAUCGAAAAUGGGCCUGAAGUGCAAUUUAUUCGUUCUUUUUGUCAUCAUUGGAUUAACGUCAGCAGCCUCAUCGGCCAACGACAUUCUCUCCGAACAAAAAGGAAAUGCAAAAGCAAAGUGUGAAAGUUCCUACAGUUUAAUGUGCCUGAAAUUGGAUGUUCUAAGUUUAAUUGACAAAAUCUCAACCACAAAUACAGAAUUCAAUCUUGCAUCGGGUGUUACUUUGGUGCGCGAAAACAACCCAAACAAAACCCAAAACUCAAAGAUUGUUUCCGAACUUGCUCGUGCUUUCCCAGACAGUCCCGAAAAGCGAUUAAAUGGAUUUUUACUUGCCAAGAUUCAAGACUUCUUGCAAUCUUACAGCUUGAAACUUAAGUUGGGAUCUGAAGAAACAUCGAGUGUCUUUGAAUCACGUAAAGGCGGUGGCGGAAAGAAAGGUGGUGGUUAUGGAGCUUUGAUCGGAAUGGCAAUGAUGAUGAAAGGAGCUAUGAUGGCAAUGGGCUUGGGAGCUGUCGCUGCACUUGCUGGAAAAGCUCUUUUGACCGCAAUGAUGGCAUUGACUUUAGCAGCUAUUGCUGGACUUAAAUCUCUUGGUGGAGGCGGUGGAAAAUCAACAACUUAUGAGAUUAUCUCGAAACCAGUUUACAGCCAUUCCCACAGCCAUUCACAAUCAUCUCAUGGUGGGCACGGCGGAAGUCACGAGGAAGGCCAUGGUGGCGGAUAUGGCGGUUAUGGACGAUCAUUCCCCGUUAAUUUUGAACUUCCUGAAAGUGUGAAAGCAUAAACGAUAUUGACCAGUUGAAUGAUAUUGUAAAGCAUCAAAUCGAAAGCAAAUAAAACAAAUUAUUUAUUUAUUUAUUGAAUGUUAA